AUGAAUAAGACUUCUCCGAUGGAAUUUAUUCUCUCGGGACUCACUGACAGGACUAAACUCAACAUUCCAUUGUUUGUCAUAUUUCUGCACAUUUACAUCACAACCGUGGUUGGCAAUAUUGGCAUUAUUUAUUUAUGUAUAACAAAGACACAUCUUCACAAACCAAUGUACUUCUUUCUGAGUAAUCUUUCCUUUGUGGACCUUGUGUAUUCUUCUGCAGUCACCCCCAAAAUGCUGAGGGACUUUUUAAGUGAAACCAAGGCCAUCUCUUUUCUUGGCUGUGCCCUACAGAUGUACAUCUUUGGGUCCUUUGCUACGAUCGAAUGUCUUCUUCUAGGAGUCAUGGCCUACGAUCGCUAUGUGGCUAUCUGUAGCCCGUUGCUGUACCAGGUCCACAUGAGCAGCAUCUUGUGCCUUGACAUGGUGGGUGCUGCUUACUUUGGAGGUUUGGUGAAUUCCCUUGUGCACACAGUUUAUGCGUUUCAUCUUAACAUUUGCAGAACUAACAUCAUUGAUCAUUUCUUCUGUGACCUUCCACCACUCUACAAGCUGUCCUGUUCAGAUAUAUCAAUGAAUGUAGUUGUGCUGAUCAUUUUAGCUGGUCUGGUCACCAUGAGCAGCAUCAUACUCAUCAUUGUCUCAUACACCAACAUUGUCCUAACUAUUAUGAGGAUAAAGUCAGCCCAGGGUAGAUACAAGGCCUUUCAAACGUGUGCUUCUCAUAUUACUGUUGUUAGUGUCUUCUAUGGAACUAUCUUCUUCAUGUAUCUUCGUCCGUCUGUCAGCAAUGUCUUACAGCAGGACCGUGUGGCUUCUGUGUUCUACAGUAUAGUUAUACCUAUGUUAAAUCCCUUUAUAUAUAGUUUAAGGAAUGCUGAGGUUAUAGAAGCAUUAAAAAGUUCUUGGAAAUUUUUAAAAUAG